GUGUGCCUUUUAAAAUCAAGAAGUUUGAGGCAGCUGUGUUGUCAAAACCACUGAUUAUCAUGCACAUGCCUUCCUCAGUCCCUCUUCAUCUUCUUCUUUAAAAAUGGCUAGAACCCAACACAACUCUCCUCUUUUGAGUUAAAAGGCCUUCCCUUUGUUGUUUUUUUCCUCUUGCCCACUUUCUCUGUUUGCAAGUUAAUUCGUUGCGAUUUGCAAAGUACUGAGACUGAAUAAAGGAGGCCAGGGAUGUGACUUGAGUGUAAUUGAUGGCAGGAGUGAAAAACCCACUACCAGAAAGCAGAGUCUGAGAGAAAUAAAGACAUCUUUCAUUUGGAUUUUACUACACAGUAUUGAUGAUGAUUGAUGAGUUUUCUUUUUCAUGGGGUGUUGUAAAUCAUAUUUAUGCCAUUUCUUUCUGAAAUCCACCAGAGAAUAAAAUUACCCUUCUCCUGCUCUUCUUCUUCUUCUUCUUCUUCAAAUGGCUUGCAUGCAAGUUGUUAUGAUUGGAAUUUGUUUUUGAUCUUUCAGGUGAGCUCUCUCUGUGAGUGUUAUUGUUCUUUCUUUGUAAAUCAACUUUUCUUUCAUCUAAAGCUUACCCGAUUGGGCUGAGAAUGCUGAGAAACAGAUCUAGAGCAGUCAGCGGCAAGCAAUCCUUGAUGACUGAUCACAGCUCUCAACAGCCAUCACCCACCCAGAAACGCAGCAGACCUGUUCAAUCUUUCUUUGAUUCUCCGAGAUUCAGAGCUUUUACAGCAAAGGGUCUCUCUGAAACUGAUUUUUUGAUUAGUCCAACCUCAAUUCUUGACACCUUACCAUUCUCUCCUUUUGGGCACCCCUACAAAAGCCAACCAGAGUCACCAAAAACUUUCUCGAGAAACAAACACUGCUCGUGGGAAAAAAUCGACUCCAAAGGCGUUGGCCUUGCUCUCGUGGAUACUCUGAUCGCCGAUGGAAGUAUUGCAGAGAGUCCUUCAAAACCCAGCAAUGGAAAGGUCUUCUUUGGCACAAACCUUCGAGUUCAAAUCCCUCCUCUGCCACCCUCUGCGAUUUCUCCGAGUGAUCAGUCUCCAAUAUCAACGGCCGAGAAUUUGCAGCUAUCAGAAUUCGGAUCCCCGCGUGUUGUUGCGGGUAAUCUCUCGGUGAGCGAGAUGGAGCUCUCUGAGGAUUAUACGUGCGUGAUAUCUCGCGGGCCUAUUCAAAGAACGACGCGGAUAUUUGAUAACUGCAUUGUUGAGAGUUACUGUUCUUUGCCGGGAGAGCCAAACGCUGCGUUUCAGGACUUCCUCAGCCUCUGCUACACUUGCAGGAAGAAUCUUGAACAGAGUAAAGAUAUUUACAUUUACAGGGGUGAAAAAGCCUUCUGCAGUCACGAAUGCCGUAACCGAGAAAUGCUGUUAGAUGGAGUGGAGAAUUCUGAGUUUGAUGAUACCAAAUUUUCUUGAUCAACCCACUAAUUAAGAAUAUAAUAAUAUUAGUGGUUUUAAAAAAAAAAAAAAUCUAUUUUUGGCCCUUUUUUUUGGGGUUUUUUCUAAUUUUUUAUCUUUGUAUUUGCAUUUUCACCCUCGAUCUCCAGUGCAGAUAGAGAUAAGAGAAGAGGAUGAGAGAUAUUGUAGAGUUGAUUGUACUCUCAAGUGACGACUAAUUUGAUGAUUCAAAACUUGGGCAAUCUAUCUUCUUCUA